AUGCCAUCUCCGAACGAAGCCAGCGGGCAGAACUGGCAGAACGGCAACAUGACUUCGGGAGUGAACAACACCGCGGCGACUGCGAGGUCGGGCCCUUUGCCCCAGCGGCAACGAAACGAUGGUCAGUCUAGCCAGCAGGACAACGAAGAUGUCAGGCUCACGCCAGUAGAAUCAUGGGUCGAGGUAUCGUCGCACCCAUCAUCAUCGUCCGUCUCGUCCAUCGGCGACGACAUCGUCACCACCGGUUUGCGAGUCGGCUCGUCCGCUUACGCCCGAAGGCGCCGCUUACACCCACAAUCGUAUAACCACCUGCUGGCCCAACAGCAACAGCAGCAACUUGCUGCCCACGCAGCUGCGGGCGCAAGCAGUCAGGAGGAGUACGAUGAAAGCGAGACCGACUCUGAUCACGUCUUGACCUCGUCAACCGAGAACAUCACAUCGGUGCCCGGGCUGAGCCCAACGCCUCUGCGCAACGUCCAUCCAGCACAGGACGACACGAGCGAUGAGGAGGAUGACGAUGAUGAGAAUGCGACAGCGCUGGGCUCGCGCAGGCCUUCAGAGUCUUUUCGCCCUCAGCCAAACGCAUUCUCCCACCCCCCAUCCCACCUUCAGCACCGCCAUUCCACCAGCUCUAGCAUUCCCCAGCACCACCCCCGCCCGUCAUUCGGUCGCGGUAGCAGCACCCGCGUGGACCGUCGCGCCCCCAGUUUCAUGACCCCCAACUAUCAAGCGGAUAACGACGAAGCCCUGCGUGCCAGCCUGACCACCUUGCUCAGCUGUGCUGCGGCAGCAAGAGGCAGAAAUAAGGAUGGAGAGAAGCAGCUCGGGGAACGGACAAGUCCGAGCGGCGGUCAACCCAUGAACCUGCGCCUCGUACCAGAGAGCGAGCUCCUGGAGACUGCACCGAGGCCCACCGCCCAGGGCCGGGUCUUGAGGGCCGACCCUACUCCAUCGCCGCCUGCCCCGUCGCGCAGUACUGGACCAACAACCGAGAAGGCCAAGCGGCCCGCGACGCCCCCACCCACCAAGUCUCCGAGGGCGGCAAAGAAGAAGAGAACAUCAUCAGCCUCCGGAGUUGAUGAGGCGCUCAUUAGUCCCACGUUGCUAACGUGGGUCGUCAGCGCCGGCGUGGUGGUGCUGGUGAGCGUAGUCGGGUUUGGCGCAGGCUAUGUGAUCGGUCGAGAAGUCGGUCGACAAGAGGCCCUGGGUGGCCUGGGUGCUGCCAACACGAGCUCCCUGGCGGACGGGGGCAGCUGCGGCCGCGAAGCUAUCAGGAGCAGCGGAGGUACACUCAGGCGCUUCCGAUGGGGGAGUGGCAUGGGGAAGACCGUUACGGCGUAA